UUCGCGAACGACCCAUCACUAGGGAGCGCUAGUACGCUCAAUCUUGGGUUUCGUCGAACAAAAUGUAGGCUACCUGCCUCCAUAACAAUGUACCAGUGACUUUCACGUUUAAAUUGUAAUCUACGCAGUGGUUGCAAGGAAUAGAAAUUGGGUUAGGGCCUGCAUCAUUCACGACGUUGUCUAUUUCCCUGUGUCCGGUAGAGAUCAUGCUGCCUUGGAUCCUUCUGAGCGUUCUCAGUAUCUGCCAUGCCUACAAAACUAAUGUGGUGUGCUAUGGACAUGACGCCCUCUUCCCAGACGAUGUAUCUGUCUCAAUGUACUUACAUAAAGUGUUCUUCACUCCAUCUUCUCCCCCUGGCCUCAUCACAAUGGUGAUGGAUGAGAGCACGUCUCUUGACCCUCGGUUCAAGAGAAGGUCCUUCUCCACAAAAUUACAGGAUGUUACCAUGGAUGAUGAAGGAAUAUACUCAGUUCUCUUUCCAGAGAAUGAUAAACCUUUGCCUGUUCUCGGCAUUACAGUAAAAGAUUGUUCAGUAGAAGCAUGGCUAAAAUAUGGAAUGAGUUACUCCUUUGAGGUGUCCAGAGCUGUCUCCCUCAUCGACUACUCUCCACUAAAUGAUGACAAGGUUAUUGUCAUGUGGGACCGCACCCAUCCUGUAAACACAGCCAGAGGGACACUAGAGAAUGGAAACUUUGUGAUGGAUAAUCUGACUCAGACAGACCAAGGUGUUUACACCUUGCGAGGGAGAAGAGGGAAGUUCUUUCACCGAUUCCGCAUCUACAUUGAAGAGUGGAAGCUCAGUAAGGCUGUGCAGGCAGGAGAAGUCUUUGAGUUUAGCUUCCCACUGGAUCCCUCCGAGGUCAGCCUUGCAUUCAAGCCAAGCUUCAGAGAUGAUGCUGCCUCAUCAUUCACUCUGAUGGAGGGUGGGGUGCUGGUAAACAGGUGGCUGUUUAAGGAAAGGAUUCACUAUGUUGGCGGGCUCACAAAAGAGUUGCAGAUCACAGAUUUGAUGCCCGAAGAUCAAGGCACCUUCUGGGUCAGAGACAGACAUGGGAACCUGGCUAAGGUGGUGGAGCUAACUGUUGUAUCACAACAUAUACCAGUAACAGAUACAGGUUUUAAAGUCAACUAUCCUGUGCUUCUUGCAAGUGUUGCAGUCAGCGUGCUUGCUACGUGCUUUGCCAAGUGUUGCUGCUGUAGGAAAAGUAGUACGAAAAGCGAAUCUGAUGCCAGUACUCCUGAAGAACUGGUUGUCUUCCAUCAUGAGACCACCAAUAUUGGCCCUAGACCCACAGAACCGUAUACUGGGAUCCAACACAAUCCUCCCUAUAACCCUGACCAUCCCUCUAUCUCUACUUCCAACCAACAACCUCAAGACGCAGAUGUCUUGACUCAUCCAUUCAAUGUCGUUGCUGGUGAUGAGCCUCCAUCCUAUGAAGUUGCCUCAUAUUUUCAGGGCAUAGACUCAGGAGGCGUGGCAGCUCCAUCACUCUCACUGGGUUUCGACUGCCUCUCCUCUGACUCAGGGAUCCAGUUUGAGUUUCCCAGGGGGGUAGGCUACCCACUGACCUCAGACCCACCCUCCUAUGCAGAUAUCUACACCUCGGAUAAACUAAACUUUUCCUAGUGUACAUACACCUCCCAGAAUAUACACCACUUCGACCGAGUGUGGAAGGGAUCGCUAAUACCUCACUUUAAUAUCAAAAGUCUUCUUAUUCAGAGUCUUAUCUUUCAAUAUAGGUUUUAUAAUAUAUGACAAAUGUUCUAUCAAUAGCCUAGACAACAUGAACAUUUGGAGAGUUUCAGAGUUUUUAACAAUCACUUAAUUGUUUGUACACAAUUGCUAUUUGUAUAAUGUUUUAUGGGAAUUUUGUCAUUAUUCCACCAUGUGUAUCAGACCAACCACUACCAAGCUAAUGUGCCUGACUACCCAGCCAUAAUCAUACUCUGUGGAUAAGAGAGUAUAUAGUAUAGUUAUUAGAUAGCUGGUCUAACAUGAGUGCAUUGACUUACUGACCGUGAAAAACAGUGGCCUUCGAAGUGCCGGUAUAAAGGCCAAUAUUUCUCAUUUCUUUUAUUGAAUGCCUUGAUUUGGAGUGUAGUGGAAUGUGUAUUGUAAUGUUUCAAAAUGUGUGUUUUUGUGUAUGUAUGUAUAGAGAAAGAUGAAUGUAUUAACAGUCUCUUAGUUUUCAACAUUAAUGCCAUUAUUGGCUCUCACCUCAUUGCUCAAAGUACGGUGCUGAAUAUCAUAGUUCUGUGGAUAGGUGUUGGAGUAGAAUCCUUGAAGGCCGUAUUACUUUACCGACAUGUAACUGUCUACUGCCAUACUAUCAUCAUUUUCUUUAAUGAUUACUUGAUAAAUAUGGAUUUUGGUUACAAUAACCAGUUACAAAUCCUGAUUAAUUGGGAUGUUUAUAUUGUAUGUUAUAUGAGUUCAAUAAACAAAUGUUUAAGUUGUUUGGUUUCAGUAGAUCAUGAAGUGCUAUAACAGUAACAUGACAACACUGGCAGACAUACUGUAGACCCCUGAUAAUGGUUUUGAAAUCACUAGUUUACUGUCAAUAUCAAUCAACACUAGUAUGGUGGAUAGUUGCAUAGUACAUUUUCAUUUCUGCAGUAUAUGAAAUAUGCAUAUGAUACAUCCAUCAUAGCAGGCAGUCUG